CGCGUCGGUCGAUCGGUUUGCUAGCAGCUGCGCGAAAACGAAGACGAAGACGCAAACGCAGAUACGAAUAGCAACAACUAUUUUUUCGUAACGGUUCCAAUAAAACACACACGCAUCGGCAACAAGUGCUGCGCGCGGCUGCAGUCGCUCGUGUAAACGAAUACAAGUUUUCCGCGUCUUAGCUGAAUGUGUUUGCGUGGGCGUUGACCAUGCCCAUUUGCAAAAGUACGCCGGCCAUGGCCACUAGCAAAAAGACGGCCUCGGAUAUAUCGUCGGAUCAUGUGACGGAGGCAGCACAGGUGAAACGGAUUAGAGAACAGGCUUACUUCAAUUCGUACGACUUUGAUGCAAUCGAAGUGUUGCCCUAUGACGAGGACAACGACGACGAGGAGGAGGAGGAGGAGGAGGAAGAUGAAGACAGCAACAGCCACGCCCCCAUCAAGUACGCCUAUUUGCAAAGAUUGGGCGCAUUCUUUAAUCAGAAAUCCAUAGCUGAUAGAACAAGUGGAGCAGCGACAGCAGCAACUGUUGCUGCUGCAGCGACAACAACUGGCAAGGAGAUAGCAACCAUUGCUGCUGCUGCUGGUGUUGGUGCUGGUGCGACGGCAACUGUUGCGCCUGCAACAAACGAAAACUUUUUAUUGCCGCGCGCCAUGCUGAAGUAUUCAUAUCACAGCAAUGCGACAACUUCAAUGCCAUUGACAGCAUCGCUCUCUGGUCUCGAUAGUCGAGAAAUAGCUGGCACAUCUCUGAGCAGGCCAAAUGAUAUCAAGCCAAGUGUGGCAGCAUCAGCUGCAGCAGCGAUACGAAACAAGAAACGAUCCACAGCAUCCAAUGCCAGCAGCACACAGACCACAGACUCCGGGCUGGGCAACACAGCAGCAGCAACAACAACAGCAACUGGAGCAAACGCAGCGGCAGCAACUGCCACAGCAGCAGCAGCAACUACCCGAGCAACUGCCUCACAUUAUUCGACAGAUAAAAGCGGCUCGUCUGGUUAUUAUAGCUCGCAUGUGUGCUCCACUUACUCGCUGGACGAGCAUAUCUAUUGCGAACCGGUCAUAGAUAUCCUAGAGGCGAGCGAGCCAGAGAAGAGCAGCAAAACAAUUGCAGCCAAGCAGCGGCCGCAACUCCAGCUGCCCAGCAAUGAAGCAGCGAUUAGUCAGCAUUUGGCUAUGCAAGAUGUGGCAACGGAACAGGUGCUGGCCAAAACACCGGAGCUCGUUCAGAAUGGACAGCAGCAACAGCAGCAGCAGCAGCAGUUGCCGCUCUACAGCGACAAAUUACGAAUUUUGGAGACGAGCAUUGAGAAUUUGGAUAGACAUUUGAAGAGCUUUCCCUGCCUGUCCUACAUGCAGCAGGAUAAAGCAGCAGCAGCAGCAGCAGCAACAACAGUUGCUCCCACCUUGGAUAUUGGUGAGAAGCUGCGCGUCUACAAUCAGCUGCCUACGAUAAAGGAGGGCUAUGCGACACAGCGGCAGCAGCAGCAGCAGUUGGAGCAAGUCGAUGAUUCUUUGAUGGACAUCGAUUUAGAUGCAUUUCUGCUGCAGCCCAAACAGCAGCAGCACCAACAACAGCCGCAGGCGCAGCGGCAGCAGCAGCAGCUGUUGUCAGGCAUUGACAAUCCAAGUUUUCUGAAUGACCUGCAACAGCAACAGCAACGUCCAAGACAGCUGCAACAGCAACAUCCCAGACAGCAGCAACAAUUGCUCGCAGGCAUUGAUAAUCCAGCAUUUCUCAGUGAUUCGCAACAGCAGCAACAACAAUUGCAGCUACAUCAGCAACAAUUGCUGUCAGGUCUUGACAAUCUCAAUGCUUUGCAGCUCGAAGAAAACAAUUAUAAAUGUGCCAAAUAUAUAAACUCCUGCCCAGAGAAUGCCUAUCGAGUGGAGCAGACAAAUUCGACAAAUUCUUCUUCGGCCUAUGCCAAGCGCUACGAGGACCAACUUCACUUUCAAAGCACCCGAGAACUGCUCGAGGAUGUGCGUGAUAAGAUUCGUCACUUGACACCUACGCCGACUACGCACAUACCGCAAGAGCUGGAGGGCAUGAUUGAGACGUUGAAGAACGAACUUGAAUCGUAUUUGCAGCGCAUGAAUCAGCACAGCGAGUUGGAGCUGCGACAACUUUGCAGCGGCCUGGGACGUCAGCAGCAUGUGGUGCGUUUGCAGAAUGCUCUGGAACGUAGGCGCAGCUAUGCCGGGGAUUCGCAAUUGAAUCCCUAUGAAUCGGUGCGAGAUGGGGUCCUAAUCUCGGCGAGGGAACAGAUUAUGACCAUUCGCUGUGCCAGUGAUCCGAACUUUAAGAUGAAACGCAAAUCAAUCACUGAAAUCUUUCCGUUGGCUGAGUGCUAUGUUGAGUCUACGACUACAGCUACGCCCACGCCCACGCCCACGCCAACAACAACGCCCACUUUAACACCCUCGCCACCACCAUUGGAGCUGAAGACCACAACGACAACAACGAUGAUCACCCAGAUGCAACGCAAUCUAACAUUUCAUGCAAAACAGUCGAGAUCCCGUCUGGGCAAUGGGCUGGAUAAGUUGGAUGACAGCGCUGCGGAAUGGCAUCGCAAGAAGCCGAGCAUCUGGGAGAUGUACUACGGCACGAAUCGAAUGCAUCAGUCGCUGUUGGGCAAGCAGCGGCACAGCGGAGGUGGCGGCGGAGGCGGAGCCGGAGGAAGCGGCGAGCUGGUCAUCACCAGCGCACAUCCAACGCUCUCCUAUCCAUCGUCCAGACCCGAAUCAGACUUUACGCUCGACUUGCCGCGCGCCGAACAGCUGCGCUUGAAAAUGGAAAAGGAGAAGAAAUUCCGCCAAAGAUGUCGUCUGAUAACAACAUUUCUAAGUCUCGUAUUCUUUCUGUUAACCGUUAUGGUUGUCAGUUUGGUAUUAACGCGCGGCAAACGUAUGUUUGGCAGCAUGAUAUAGCCAAUCGGCCCAACUCUAACUGAACAUUAGCAUAAACAAAUAUAUAUAUAAAACCUACAAACAUAUUAAAGUGCCGUAGUAAUCGAUAGAUUCUAAUUAAGCCGCUACAUGAAACAAAACCGAUAACAACUAAUUUAUAGUAUUUAGCUCUAGCUUACUCCUCACUAUAAUACACUACAAAUAAUUUUGGGGGGGGCAACAUGCAGUCGCAGUAUUUGUUAAUAAAUUAUUUUUGUGAUCUUAGAUGUUAAGUGUUUCUGUGUAAAAAUUCAGAAGGAAAUAUAUUAAAUCGUCCAUCACAUAUACAUAUAUGUAUGCUUAUUGUAUUAGAUUUAAGUGUGAGCUAAUCAAGUGUAAAUUUCUGUAUCAAUAAAUAAAGCAAUGUUAAUGGAAAC